UACAUAUCGUAAUGAGCCAACCGUCUACUAACCACCUGCUGAUCCACCUGUCCGGGCUUUCGCUCUGGCUUUGGCUCUGGCUGUGCGGCCUCGCUCUGCAGCCAGCUAAUGCAAUUGUGUGCUAUCAUUGCGAUUCUAUCGCUCUGCCCGAAUGUGCCCAGACCCUGGGAGAGGUGGAUGUGUUGCCCUACAAGGAGUGCGCCACGGAGUUGACCUGCGCGAUGUCCAUAGUCGAUUCGAUAACAUAUCGUGGCUGUGGUGCAGAGACGCCCACCACAGAGGCCACCUAUGCCAAGAGGUGCUCCAGCAAUCUGUGCAAUGCUGGCGUCUAUCCACCUGGACGACUCAAGUGUCAUCACUGUGCAGGCGAGAGCUGUGUUGGGGCACCAGCAGGCAAGCCUCGGCCCUGCCGCUAUCAUCACGAAGAGGAUCAGUGCUAUACGGAAAUCGUGAGCUCGACAAUGGCCUAUCGUGGCUGCAGCUCCGAUACGAAUCACACGGCAGCUGCCACAGCCCAGCUAUGCGAGAUUAAUGGCUGCAAUAAUGCACUGGGCGCCUGGAAGUUGAGGUGCGCCACCUGUGACUCACUCAAGGCACGCGGCUGUAAAAUGGAUCUCUUUCAGCUGGGUAAUCGCUGCAAUGUCAGCCAGUUCGAGCAGUGCGAACAACAAAUGCUGCUUGGCCAGGAGCAGGAGCAAUACUGCUACACGUACAGACAGCUGGGGCGAGUGGUGCGUGGCUGCGCCGCCGAGCUGCCAAAGGAAUUGGAAUCACAACGCGCGCAGCUGGAGACAUGUGCUAGCGGCGACAAUUGCAAUGCCGGCUGCUUGCCUCAGCAGCGCUGCCUCAGCUGCAACUCAUUGGAGAAGGAGACUUGUCGCAGCAAUGCCACGGCUUUGAUAAGCCAGGUUUGCGGCUCGGCCGAAGCAUCGUCUUGCUAUACCUGCGAGUACACCAAUGGGCAGCUGAAACGAGGCUGUGGUGCACCACCAACUGAUCCACAAAUCCUCGACUGCUACGAAUGUGAUGAAAACAGCGAUCAGCAGGCUUGCAAUUCCCGAGACUUUACGCGCUGCUAUCGCUGCAGCAGUGACAAUUCCGCGGGCUGUGCCAACUGGGAGAAGCCGGGCGGCAUUGAUAUAGAGCAAUGCACAGAACCAGCAGCACCCUGCCUGGUAAUCAACUAUAUCAAUGGCACCACCGAGCGUGGCUGCCAGCGCACAGAUUUCAAUUGUGAUGGUCCCGCCGUCGCCAGUUGCCGCAGAUGUGAGGGCAGCUUCUGCAACAAGGGCGCCUAUCCGGAGCAGCGUCUGUGGUGUCAUCAGUGCAGCAACUGUGAGCAGGUGCAGCGUGGACAAGAUGCAGUGCCCUGCGGACUGUUAGCAAACGAGCCGACUGAUCAGUCUGCCGCGUGCCUGGAAUACUACGAUCCGUUUAGUAAGCAGGUGAUGCGUGGCUGUCGCUCCAAUGGACAGCUCUACUACGAGUGCAUGCUGCGCGCUGGUGGACAGGCGGGCUGUCGUCUAUGCCAGGAUCAUGGCUGCAAUGCAACGCCCGGACAACAGCUGCGCGGAACUCUGCAGCUGUCGGAUUUUUCUGGCCAGCUUAAGCAACAAGAGCAACUGCUGGAUCAACUAAUACAACUGGAACAGGCUGAGCAGCAACAGCAGGUGAAAAACUUGGAACCGGUAAAAUAGCUGAGAAUGAUCUGCACAGUUAGCCAAGCGACUCACAACUAAAAUAAACAUUUUAAAUUGGAUUAGCAUAA